GGCGAUCAGGCAUUGGAUAUGAACCACGUUUGAGAUGCCUUGAGAAGCUGGGCCACACCUGCCUAGGAUUCAGCUGAGAGCAGGGAGACACGACACGACAUCUUAAUAAGACCCCACUAGCCAAGACGCCUGAGUAUAUAAUACAUCGCUCAGAUGGAUAUCCAUCAAGAAUCAUCAAGACCCUCGUGGCAGAACGGCCCCAUCCAAAAUACUAAGGUGAUCGAAGACCCUAUCUCCCUAUUUAGACAAUUUGUCUCCGCGGUAUCUUCAGACACUUUGAAAGACAUCCGACCUCGAUCAGAGUUUUCAACAUUUGUACGGGAUUUGUGCGUAAAGGCACCGUCCGUGGCGCAAUAUCUCGUCCAAGAAAUCCUCAACCACUCAAGAGACGAUUCCCAACCUGAAGUUCAAGGCUCCAAAGAAUUCGAGACAAGCACUACCACUAAACAGUCAUCAAAAAGGAGAAAGCAAUCAGACCGCUCCUACCGACCUCCUAAGUCCUCUCGAACGCAGCCGGAGAUUCCCAGAGACAGGGCUAAAGAUUCAAACGAAGCUUCCAGCAUCAAUUCCCAAGUCGGUGACGACACCAGUGUGUCAAAGAACUACUCAUGCUACUCAUACUACUCAUGAAUAUUCAUGAGUAGCGUGAGUAGAAUAUGAGUAGCGUAAUGUCCUGAAAAUUUGAGUAGAGUAGAGUAUAUACUCAUGAGUAGUAUAAGUAGUAAUGAGUAGCCG